GCUUCCACCAUCAGUUGCAGAUCUGGCGGUUCGACUCAGGAAGUUCCUUUUGAAUUUUUUUCAAACCGAGAAAAUGGGGUUUGGGAUCUGCGUUCUCAUGACCAUGGCGUUAGAAACUCGCGUUUUUAUGGCUCUCCUAAUCUCUCAGGUGCUCCACAGCGGGGCCUGGGGAGACUUGGAGACAGACGGCCUGCCUGGAGUGCACUGUGAUGGGCCUCAGGGGGAGGCGUCUUCCCAUCAAGGUACGGGGUUCCCGUGGUUGCAGCCGUAUGUCCCGGGGGAAGGUGCAGGCAGGCUGACAGUCAGAAGGGCCAAGGGGAAUGGAUUAUCGACGGCUCGUACUGAUGACAUCACACAGACCACCAUCAUAAAAGGCUCGGCCACUUCCUCACGCACCCUCAGGCAGCUGCUGGCAUUGGGCCCAGUCUACAGGAGGAGAAGGUCCUUGCUGAUCCCCACAAUGUCUGUCCCUGAGAACCAGCGGGCCCCGUUCCCCCGAUAUAUCGGCAUGGUGAUUUUGGCUGACGAGCAGGGGAGCCACAUCUUCCGUCUGACAGGGCAGGGGGCAGAUCAGGACCCCAAGGGCGUGUUCAGCAUUGGCCAGCUGACUGGUAAGGUCACUGUGAACCGUGCCCUGGACAGAGAGGACAUUGCGUUCUACCGGUUGCAGGUGUCUACAACCGAUCAGAGUGGGAAGGUUCUGGAAGGCCCAGUCCAGCUGGAGGUGAAUGUGAUCGAUCAGAAUGACAACAGGCCAAUCUUCACAGAGACGCGAUAUGCAGGGGAGGUGCUGGAGGGCUCUCCUGCAGGGACUACCGUGAUGACGGUGACAGCGCUUGACGUGGAUGACCCCAGCACGGAUAAUGCUGCCCUGCGCUACAGCCUCGCAAAGCAGUCCCCCGGCCUGCCCUCACCAAACAUGUUCCACAUCCAUCCAGAAAAGGGAGACAUAGUCACGGCAGUCUCGGCCGGGUUGCUUGAUAGAAAGGCCCUGCCCAGCAUGCAGUAUGAGCUGGAGAUUGUUGCCAAGGACAUGGCAGGGAGCGACGUGGGGCUCACUGGGACAGCAACUGCCACCAUCACCAUCGCUGACAAGAAUGACCAUGCCCCCACAUUCACCCAGUUACUGUUCCAGGUGACAGUGAAGGAGAGCUGGAGGGGGUUGAUUGUGAAUUUGACGGUGGAAGACCAGGAUGAGUUUGGCACCAGGGCGUGGCGGGCCAUAUACUCCAUACUAGGCGGGGAAUCAGGCCACAGGUUUGAGGUCCACACCAACCCGGACAACAACCAUGGACUGCUGUCUGUGGUGGAGCCCUUGGACUAUGAGAGCUCAGUGUUACACAACCUGCUGAUUAAGGUGGAAAAUGAAGACCCCCUGGUGGCAGACAUGGAGAACAGUCCCAGCUCCACGGCGACCGUCUAUGUAACUGUCAUGGAUGUUAACGAGGGUCCGGUGUUUUUCCCUGACCCCAUGUCAGUCACCAGGCGCGAGAACAUCCCCGUCAGCAGCACUGUGGCAACGCUCAAUGCCACUGACCCCGACCUCCAGGUACAGAGCAUCAGGUUUGCUGUUCUGAGUGAUCCAGCCUGCUGGCUGAGCGUUGACCCAGUCACAGGGAUGGUCAGCACCACUGCCAUCUUGGAUCGUGAAUCGCCUUUCGUCCAUGACAACACAUACAGGGCAGUGUUCACUGCAGUAGAUGAUGGUAGCCCCCCUGCAACAGGGACUGGGACGCUGGUCAUCAUGCUGGAGGAUGAGAACGAUAACGCCCCUGACAUUUACCCGCCCGUGGCUCGCGUUUGUGAGGAUGACCUCAGCGUGCUGGUCCUGGGAGGGCAGGACAGAGACAUCGACCCCAAUGGCGCCCCCUUCAGCAUUCAGCUGGGAAAACAGCCUGGACUGGAGACUAUGUGGAAUAUCACAAGCAUCAACGGUACGCACUCCCAGGUGACCCUGCUGCAUCGGUUGCGUAGGGCCAAUUACCUCCUGCCCCUGCAGGUGACGGACUCCGGGGCUCCGCCCCUCUCCCAGAGCGCACAGGUUACGAUUCAGGUGUGCACCUGCAGGGGGGGCAGUAUGCACUGCAGCGGGGCUGACUCCGCCCGCCCAGACCCGCUCACGCUUAGCCUGGUCCUGCUCACCGCUGUCACCGUUCUGUUACCAUGACGCCAAUAGGCGAGUGAGUGAGGAGGUCACCAGGGGGAUGAGCUGAACAAGGACUCCAACAUAUCCAUUAUCAAAAACAAAGAAGAAGAAUGAAGUGUGGAAGAUGGAAGAUGAACAAAGAAGAAGUGUAUGCCCGACACAUUUUAAAUGUUUUUCCUUUUGAAGUGCUUUUUAUCAGGACCGUUGGUGCUAUUUUUCUAAUAGAAUAGGUCUAUACUAUUGCAACUAUCUUGAACCUUUUUGUAUCUUAAACCUUUUUUUUGUUACUGAGUGGGCCUUUAAAUAAAGUGGAGUAACCUCCUCUACAAUCCCACAAUGAGAAUGACACACAUUUUCUUUAACCUGCCUGUGUUUACGAUAGUAUGUGUGUAUUUUGCAUAUUUGAAUGUGUGUGACAGACCCAAUUAGUUAUAAAAAGGAAAAUUAUAAAUUAUUUAUAAAAGUUUUGGUUGUGAAGCACUCAUUGGGUUUGUUUGAGGUCAACUGAUGACAAAGCCAAGGAUCUGGGUUCAAAAAUGGCAACAGACAUGAAGAAUUCUGUUUUUGUGUAUAACUACAAGAUAGUUAUUGUGAGUGCAGCAAGCUGACUCACUAGCUUAGGACCUCAAAGUUCUUUUGUACUCGACACAAAACGUCAGAAAAUAAAAGUCUUGAAUCCGAA